AUGGGCAAGCUCCAUUGCUCGGAUGCCUUGACAAUCAUUCAGGCAAGAGAAGUGGGAUCACCUGUUCAGCUGCUGAAACCAGGAUUUCUGAAUCUGUCAGAUAAACAGUUAUCGUGGCCAGAAGUGAAUGAACUGGCUGAUGUCUUGAAGGUCAACAAAACAUUGAAUCAUCUCAAUCUGGACAGUAAUAAUAUCUCGAAGGAAGCUGCCAUAGCCAUCGCUGAUGCUUUGAACGUCAAUGAUACGUUGACUCGUCUCUGGGUCGCCAAUAAUAAUAUCUCGAAUGAAAUUGCUAUAUGCCUUGAAGGUCAACAAAACACUGACUGGUCUCGAUCUGCGCAAUAA